GCGCCAUAGCUGCUGCGGGGCCUGCUUUGGCAUUGUUUCGUCGGCUCUGUUCUCUGCUGCUAAUGCGUCUCUUCAGUUGUGGCUGGUCAAUCUCCUUCCUCGUAUGCACACUGCGCAUUCAAUUCAAUUCCUAUCCUAUUGCCGGAGGUUGGUUCGAUCUUGGGAAUCAUAACCUCGAUGAACUUGUAUGAGCCCAUCUCGUGAGGUUGAUCUUGGGAACGUCACUGCUGCCCUGUCUUCGCCUCCAUUUCGAUCAGACGAUAGUCUCCUCUCUCUCUCUCUCUCUGUGUCUGUGAUUUGGUAGCUCGGGUAGUCGUUGUCUUCUUCCUUUUCUCCUUGUGUUUGAUAUUUAUCUCUCGGUGUCCUUGCGCAUUGGUGCGUUUUUGGCGCUUUUAUGAUCUGAAAACCGUUUCUGACUGUCUCUGCUUUACCGAUCUCGUGCUUUUCAGGCAGUUUUGCAACACUUGUUCCACUGCAUGACAGUCUCCGGACUGAGCUGCUUUUAGGCGCCGCGGCGUUAUUGUCCAACUCGUCCGUCUUGAGUCGUUUUCGUUCCGGUCCAUUUUCGACGGACAUCCUUCAUUCGAUAGCAAAGCGGUUUUCGCGGAGUAGGGCGGGUUUCAGCAUCCCGGCGGUGAGAAGAAGAUGGAAUCGGGCACUAGAUGUACGAGAUGGUGCGGUCUCUCUCUUGCCGUAUUGCUUCUCUUUCUGUCGUCUUUAGUGGGUUUACCGACGGCGACUACGGCCGCCGCUGAUCGAUCCUCUGCGUAUGGUUCUGAAAACGCCAUUCGCAAGUUGCUCAAGGGCAAACAUCAUCAAGCAGCCACUGCGGAUUUGGCUGGAGCUCCGGGCGAUGUUGCUCACCGUGAGUUGGAUGAAAGUCUGACGUUGGCGCUGGCUAAGGCAGGUCAGCAGUAUGUUAGUGACAGCGGCGGUUACUUCGGCUUCGGCGAAGCCACGACCGGAGGUGCCGGCGGUGACGUCGUGUUUGUUACUAAUUUCGCUGACAGUGGCAUUAGCACCCUUCGAUAUUGGUGCGGUCUGCCCGGGAAGCGCAUCAUUAAGUUCGAUCAAGACUGUACCAUCACGUUGAAGUCCAGAGUAGAAUGCACGAAUGAUAAGACGGUGGAUGGGUCAGGUUACAAGGUGAGGAUCACUGGUUGGGGACUUAGUGCCAACAGGGUGUCGAAUGUAGUGUUCAAAAACCUGUGUAUUGCGAAGACGAAACUGGAUGGAGUGACAAUCAGACUGUCGUCAAGGAUCGUCGUUCAAGGCUGCACCAUCUCAGGCGUGGGCGAUGGAGGCACGGAUGUCAUUACGCAUUCAAGCGAGAUCUCGAUCCUCAACAACCACUACACUCACAUGUGGAAGACGAUUCUUCUCGGGAAUUCCGACAAAGACACAGGGGACACUGUCAUGUCUGUAACUGUUGCCUUCAACUUUUUCGAUGGGUGUAUCUCUAGACUGCCGCGCGCGCGAUUCGGACGUGUACAUGUAUGCGCGAACUCGUAUUUGAACUGGGGGACGUACGCGAUCGGAGCGUCAGAAAAAGCGCAUCUUCUCGUGGAGAAUUGCUUCUUCCAUCCUGCUAAGAACAAGUACGUGAACAAUCUUCAUGAGGGGCUGAACGACGGAACUGUUAUCGAGUACAGAUCGAAUACCAUGAAUGAUGCCAAACUGUUGUUGACUCAUUUAGGAAAAGUAGAUAUGCCCUACACCUGUCCGGUCAAGGACGAAAGCACCAUCAGAAGUCAAGCUGGAGUGCCCUAUGAGUGCAUUUAGACCUUAGACAAAGGGGUUGUCAGUAUCGUCGAAGGAGUGGAGCCGGGACAUUUUCGGCCGUGAGAAAAUAGGUGUAGCAGAUUGUUUCAAGAUUCAAAGUAGGUGUAUUUUUGUGAGCAAGGCGCAGAGGGAGUAGUCGUUACGUAGUCGUACGCUGUGCUGUUGCCUGACCAUUCUUAUUGUAGAUCGUGUACGGGGAUACGCUCUCGAGCAGGCGUGUUUCGUCUCGCAUUUUUUGCCUGAGCGCUUGUAAUCCUUUCGGAUCCGAGGCUCGCUAAUAGCUGUCUCUUAUACACAUCUAGAUGUGUAUAAGAGACAGGUGUGUGUGUGUGUGUGAGAGAGAGAGAGAGAGAGAGAGAGAGAGAGAGAGAGAGAGAGAGAGAGAGAGAGAGAGAGAGAAUAGGAUGAGGCAUAAUUGGAUUGGAAGAGAUCCGGAGGGAUGUCUGGACGGCUGAUAGUGUGCUGGCUAUGUGUCGACUUUUUGGUGCUUGAGGACGUAGAGAGAAGGGCACUCGGGCGGGGGGUUAAUCAAUCGAUGGUGGUGAAGGCCGUGUCUGGCCUAGAAAAGGCAACAGGGAGGUAUUAUGCUAGGGUUUUUGGGUUGUUAAACCUUGGGUUUGUCAGGGAUGGCGCUGCCGUUUAGUUGUCAGCUCGUGGGCUAUAUCUACCCUUAGUCUUCGUUGUGUGAGAUGGUGCCUUCAUAUGCGUGAUGCCCGGUAGCAUGUUCUCCGGUUAGGGCCGUUUUUCUGAAGGCCUUGAACUGGCCGCUGGCCAUCCGUUCCCGAUUUUUCUAGUAUGUGCAGGACGUCUUGUUGGGCAGUGUUGGCUUCUGCUGAGGACUGGGAUCGGAACUGUGUCGUCAGGCUUGGCGGAAGAUCUGGACUAGCGGUAGGACCUGCCCAUCUUUGGGAAAGAACGCAGGUAAGUCUUGCAUGGUUGUUAUUUCGAAUCAUUCUAUGCAUGCGUUUUGCUAGUACGGAACUCUUUAUAGUCAGUUGGCAGCACGCUUCGCUUAGCGCUCAUACGUGUCUCGUAUUCGUGCUGCACGGUCGUUCUAGCUACUGAGUGGAUUCUAAAUCGGGAAAAGGAGUCAGCUGGUUGGGCAUGCGUUUUUCCGGUCGCGCUCUGUACUUUACAAUUCGGUUGGUUGUUGUGAUAACCUUCCCUGCAUAUUGUUGUGGGUUGUUGAUGCACUUGUAUUUCGUAGCGGCUGUCAGUCCGAGAGAGAGAGAGAGAGAGAGAGAGAGAGAGAGAGAGAGAGAGAGAGAGAGAGAGAGAGAGAGAGAGAGAGAGAGAGAGAGGGAGCUGGCGAUAUAGGCCAGGAGAGGUUACUAGUUUUGGCUGUGUUGUUCUGCUGUCGUGCGAUGUUGCAUAUAGUGCCAUGUCGUCGGUGCAUGUGUGGCUUGCGCGGAGCUCGACUGGCAUGUAUUUUUAUCGGGGUGACAUAGUUGACGUUGGAAACAUCUGGACAUGUGAACGUUUUGUUCUGCCAGUUGAAGUUUGGUGGUUGUUUUUGUUCUUUUUUGUAUUAUGUCCGAUUCUUAUUCUGUACAAUACCAGUCCAUUGAGACGAGGGAGGGCCAUCCUAAUGGCUACGUUACAAUGUCAACACUCUUCGUCUCUUCUCUUUCUGCCUCUCUCUCUGUUGCCACGUGAUCAAUCUAGCGUUCUCUCCCGGCCGUUUUAUCCCUCCCUCUUUCCCUCCCCCCCUAGAGAGAGAGAGAGAGAGAGAGAGAGAGAGAGAGAGAGAGAGAGAGAGAGAGAGAGAGAGAGAGAGGAUUGGCAUGGCAGCGAUCCCGGACUUGAAAUAUUUUUUCGGCGAUUGGCGAGCGUAGGAUGGAAGAAGGCAUUUAAUUUACGAGUUCCUUAACGCCGGUGUAUACUUAG